AUAUCUCUCAGAGUUAGCUUGGAGCAUUCUAAGUACUUAUUGAUGUUUUUUAUCCAAUUUUGCUGAUUUCCUUUUGCCAUUUUAUAUACUUCUUUUAACAAGUUGUUUCUGUUAUCUUCCUCUCUUGUUAGAUUUUCCUGUGUUGUUGUGGUGUAUGCGUCUAUGAUAGAUUUCAGAUAUAGUAAUUUACCCUCCAUUAUUCUCUUCUUCAUGCUUGAAGCUCCAACUUCACCUCGCAGCGUGCAGGUUUGGGCGAAUCUUGGUGCUCCCAAUAUAUGCCUGUACACACUGUUUUGAAUGAUCUGUAGUUGUUGGAUAUCUCUUUCAGUAAAAUUUAUAACAUUUGCUCCAUAUAGAAUUGAGGGUAGGCACACACUUUUCCAAUAGGCUUUCCCUACGGUGAUUUUAUGACAGCUUUUCGCUGUGAUUGAGUAUGUAAGAUUGGCCAGCUUUUGUGCCUUCUCUAUCAUAAUUUUCUUUUGUUUAGUAAAGAUAUUUCUGUUGUUUAGUAGAGUUAGGCCCAGAUAUUUGAUUUCUUCACAGACUUGUAUGUUUUCUAUCUGUUGUGGACUAUUUUCUAAGUUAUAGUUGAUGAUCUUGCUCUUAUUUUUAUUUAUCUCCAGUCCACAUUCUCUACUUAUUUCUGUUAAUAGUCUAAUGCUGUGUUGUGCCUCGUCUAUACUGUGAGACAGUAGUAGGCCAUCAUCAGCAAAGAACAGGCUAUUUAUGUGAAUGUUGGUGUUAUUGAAGCCUCUGCCUUCCUCCAGUUUCAUCAUAAUGGCAUAAGUAAUAAGUUUAAAUAAUGUGGUGGAGCCGGUACACCCUUGCCUUAUACCACUUGUGACUGGUAUCUCUGUUUGUCUGUCUUCUGUCAAUUUUAUCAGGGUGUUAUCCUCUUUAUAGAUGUUGGCUAUUGUGUUUAUUAUUGUGGGGUGCAUCAUGGUUUCCACGAUCUUUUCCCUCUUUAUGGAGUCAAAGGCCUUGGUAUAGUCAAUGGAUGUCACAAUCAGAGCUUUGUGGUUUGUAUAGCUGUCUUCUAUGCAGUAUUGCAAUAUGAGAAGGUUAUCUUCAAUUCUUGCACCUUUGCUGAAUCCUGCUUGGGCUUCAUUUACUUCAUUACUGCUUCUUAGGUGGUCUUCUAUUUUGUCUUUCAGUAUUGCCAUAAAUAUUUUGUAGGUGUAAUUUGUCAAUGCUAUUGGGCGCAAAUCUUUUGCUGUUGGUUUAGCAGUUUUUGGUAUCAUUUUUGUAUGAGAUGUUCUCCAUUCCUUUGGUAUGUUGCCAGUUUCUAGGAUCUCAUUAAAGCAGUUCAACAUUAUUUCCAUGCAGUCUGGUUUGUGGACCAGUGCCUUGUAAAAUUCUGGCUUGCAUUUAUCAGGUCCAGCCGCCUUUUUAUUCUUCAGUUGUUUUAGGACUUUUGUUAGCUCUUCCCUGGAUAUUUGUACAGUCAUCAUGGGUCUUAUUUCCUUGUGGACAAUGCAGGCCAUAUCCAUGUGCUCUCGUAGUGGCUCGGGCACCGUGUAGUCUGGAGCUGCCUGAACAAUAUGUCCUCUGGUGUCAUAAUUCUCAGUGUAGGGCUUUCUUGUUUCAUCCUUCCACAGUUCCAUCAUUUUAUUUUCAUGUUUCUGGUAGACUGUCUUCCAAAACACUUUUAUAUCUUUCUCUGCUUCGUCUUCUGAUAUGGCUUGCUUGUGUUCAUUAAAUAGUUUUAGCUCUCCUUUUUUGUGCACUUUUCCUUGCAAUUUUCUUAUAUAGUCCCACAGUUUAGUUUUGUCUCCAUUUUCUUUUAUUUCCUUGGUCACCUUUUUCUCAUGUUUGUAUAUUUCGUUUUUUAUCAGCAUUUGCACUUUACAUUUCUGUUCAAUAUACUUUUCUUUCAGUCUGUUCCGUUCUUCAUCAGUCUCAGCUUUUCUUCUGGCCCUAUUGAACUUCUUCCUCAUCUGGAUUUGCUUUCUUAUCUCUUCAUUUAUCCAAGGUGCUUCUUUAGCUGUCUUGCUAGAUUUUACUCUGAAUGUUCUCUUUAAUAUGUUAUCGGCACAUUUCACAAUAGCAUUAUUCAACUCACUUAUAUUGUUUACAGAUCUACUUUGUGCAAUGUUUUCCAUUUCCUGUGCAUAUUUUUCCAGGCACUCUGCUUUUGUACUGUAAUACUCUAUUUUUUCCCAUUUAGUUUUCCUGAAUUUAUUGUUUCUCUCUUUCACUACCUUAAAGUUUAUUUCUAUCAGGUUGUGGUCCGAUAUGUCAACUUUCUCCUGUUCUUGGUCUAUUUUCAUGCUUGUGUAUAUAUCAAAGAACUUGUUAUUACAUAGAGCAUAGUCUAUCACACUUUUCUGCUCGUUUCGGCUCCAUGUGUACAUCCCUUCACAUUGCAAGUCAUCAUUUAGCAUUAUCAUACUGUUAUUUCCCAUCCACUCAAGAAUCAUUUUUCCAUUUCUGUUUAUAGGCUGGUCCCCUAGAAAUCCUACGUGACCAUUAAAGUCUCCCGGCAGUAUCAAAGUUUCUUCUUCAUACUUCUCAAUAAGAUUACUUAAUUCUAAUUGCACUGAAUUCUGUCUUCCUUUAUCCGACAGUGAAACAUAUACUAAAAUAAUAAUAAGAUUUGUACUUUGUAUCCGUGCCUCUAAAACUAGAAUAUCUUUAUUUAUAGUUUUCUUUUGAACAGCUUGGAUAUCUUCUGUGUCUUUAAACAUAACUAGCAGUCCACCUCCUUUCUGUUCAUCUUUUCCUCUCAUACUAUCAUAUUUUUUCAAGUGACCACUAAUUUGCACUUUAUCAUACACUAGUUGUGUCUCUGUUAUGCAUAUUAUGUCCAGGUCAUUUUCUAUUAAUCUUUCUAAUUCAAGCAUCUUUGGUGUAGUGAGUCCUUGCACAUUAAGUAACUUAAUAGUACUUACAUUAUGGUCAAUCUUGUCCCCAGAAAGUCAGUCUCUACCUGUGUUACCUAGUCCUGCACCCUGAUUCUGUUGUCCUCUCACCAACUGUCCCCUUCUUAUGUACCAUCCUUGCUCUCCAGCAUCUCUUUUUUGCUUCAGCUCAUUUCUUAGAUUCCAGUUUUCUUCUCUUUCCUUCUUGGUCAUGUCUGGAACAAUCCUCAUUUUCUUGUAUGUAAUGUUUGGGUCAUCCUUAAGCAUUCUUGCACUUCCCAUUAUUUUCCAUUUUUGGUGGUGAUUUCCAAGUUUUACAAGCAUCGAUCGGCCGAAUUUUGUUUUCUUCUCGUCUUCCCAGUCUCACCACAUCUACUACCUCAUAGUCUUCUAGUUUCAGCUUGUUUCUUAUCAGUCUAUCACAUUGUUGGGUGUCAUUUAUGGCACUGUCAUUCUCUGAUUCUGGCACAUUGUAGAUGACUAUGUUGUUCUUCCUCCUCUCUUUAUCUGCCUCUUCCUUCCUAACUUCUUCAAAUUUCCUCAUAACUUCAUUUACUAUUUCUUCCUUGUCUUGUUCUCUUUCUUUCAUCUUAGCAUCCUGCAUCCUGAGCUUUUCCUCAAGCUGGUCUAGCCUGUUCAUGACUCUUUCUAAAACUCCUGUCAUUUUCUCCAUGGUUUGGGGUGUGUUCCCCGGCUCACUUCUCUUUUCAAGAUCUUUUAUCCUCUCCUCAAGCUCAUUUAUCUUCUUUGAGUAUGCAUCUAUCUGUUUCUUGCAAUCUCUACAAUAGAAGGGCAGGGUGUUCUCCUCUCCUUCUUCUUGCUCCUGUAGUGCUAGGUAUAGUUUACUACUUAUUUUCUCACAUGCAAUAUGGAACCAUUUAUUACACUUGGCAAAUCCUAGGGCCAGUUGAUCAUUUUUUACUUCUAAAAUACAUUUGCCACAGAUGUGGCUCUUUCGGUUGCUGGCGGUGUUCUGGGAGCCUGAUUCCAUAUCUUGAGGAUUUUCAUCACAUUCCUUACAGAUUUGAAGGGCAUUCACUGCUUUGAAGGUUCCACAUCCCUUGCACUUCUUUUUCCUGUAGAUGUAGAUGUAGAUGUAGAUGUAGAUGUGGAGCUAUUGCCUUUGCAACGGCAGCUCCUAGUGUUCUCUCGGUCUUGAUUUAUUCUUCUGUCACUGCUGUUACUAUCAUUGUAGCUUGUUGUUCUUUUUGUUGUCUUCUCUUUUCCCGUAAUAACCACAUUCUGUGUAUAUUGUCCUUAUUUUUCUCUGCGUCGGUAAAGAGGAGGCAUCCAAGCGGCGCGAUAUGUUCUCCUGCAGCAGCUGGCAGCGGCAGCGGCGGCGCCUGCACUUCCUUGUAGAAUCUUGAUCUUCUUCUUCUUCUUCUUUUGACCUGUGCCGCUUUGUAUCGCUUCUUAGGUCCUCCUAAUUCUCUCGUUCCUCUUUUCUUCUUUUUCACUUCUACGCACUUUUCUUUUCAGUAUACAUCACUUUCUUAAGCACUUCAUCCUGAAACUUAGGUUUUCUGUCCCAGGCAGGUGUAAAUUAAGCCGCCUUAAGCUCCCUUAACCGUAACAGUAACCGUUACUCAGCACGCUCACAUGAAUAUGCCGCGUACGAUAUAUUUCCAAUUGUUUAAAUCAAACAUAUAUUGAAAAAAAAAAAAAAAAAACGUCGCAAGCGGAGAAAAAACGUAAGAUUUUCAACUUACGCCGUAAGACUUGAAAAUCACCGAAAUUUUGUAAGACGCGCAAAAAACGUAAGACUUGACAGUAUGUGACAGUGGUAUGCGAGUCAGGUGGGUACGUGAACAGAGAGGGAGGGAGGCGCUUCUUUGAGUGGAAGGUGACUGACAGGAACAGUGAGGGUCUAGAAUGGGGUGUGAGAAAGUGGAAGAGAGGUCUGAGAAGGUGGAAACAUGCGAUGGAGCGAAAGAGCACUUUGGAGUGGUACAGGGAAAAGGAAGCCCCGCAGUGUGUCAGCUGGUAUGAUGGAAGCCUGGGUGGUGAUCUUCUCUUCCAAGCUCGGGCGCAGUGUAUGAAUGUGAAUGCAAGAAACUACAGGUGGCCUGAGUCCCGCAGCAAAGUGUGUCAGAUGUGUGACAGGGGUGUGGAUGAAACUGUCGUGCAUGUGAUACUGGUGUGUGGGAGGUACCAGAGAGAAAGGACGGAGAUGAUGAGGGUGGCACUGAGUGAGGUGGGCUGGGAUGUGAAUGGGAGGAUUGCAAGAACAGAGAGGGAAUGGAUGUUGCUGCUGCUGCUGGGACUGAGUGAUGAAGCAAAUGAGAGAAUUACAGAAGCCAUGAGGAGUUUUCUGGAAAAGAUGUGGUGUGCAAGAAAUAGGGAAUUGGAAGAUUUGUAAUGGAUAUAUACUGCUUGUGUUGUUUUAUUUUUACAGGUUGUGCCGAUACGAAGGCCUGACUCUCCAACGGGUCACCUGUACAGCAAGAGCAAGAGCAAGGAGAGAGUAAACACAGUCUCGUGUGUAUCCCCGAGAACACAAUCAACGACUCCUGAUAACAACUACCACUGACGGGGCUCUAGAGGCUGUGGGCCCACAGCCUAACUAGCCCCAUAAAACACCCACGAAGAAGAAGACCAAGAAGAAGGAGAAGGUAGUGGUGUCCACCAUGCUGGGAGGAGGACAGCGCUAAGUGACGGCACCUGACUCUGUGUAUGUGUGUGUCCUGACGUCCACCGCUGGUGCUGGUGCUGAAGUGAGGGUCUGAGGUGGGCAGCACAGGGCCAGAAGACAGCACCCGACUCUGUGUGUGUGUGUCCUGACGUCCACCGCUGGUGCUGAAGUGAGGGUCUGAGGUGGGCAGCACAGGGCCAGAAGACAGCACCUGACUCUGUGUGUGUGUGUCCUGACGUCCACAGCUGGUGCUGAAGUGAGGGUCUGAGGUGGGCAGCACAGGGCCAGAAGACAGCACCCGACUCUGUGUGUGUGUGUCCUGACGUCCACCGCUGGUGCUGAAGUGAGGGUCUGAGGUGGGCAGCACAGGGCCAGAAGACAGCACCCGACUCUGUGUGUGUGUGUCCUGACGUCCACCGCUGGUGCUGAAGUGAGGGUCUGAGGUGGGCAGCACAGGGCCAGAAGACAGCACCCGACUCUGUGCGUGUGUGUCCUGAUGUCCACCACUGGUGCUGAAGUGAGGGUCUGAGGUGGGCAGCACAGGGCCAGAAGACAGCACCCGACUCUGUGUGUGUGUGUCCUGACGUCCACCGCUGGUGCUGGUGCUGAAGUGAGGGUCUGAGGUGGGCAGCACAGGGCCAGAAGGCAGCACCUGACUCUGUGUGUGUGUGUCCUGACGUCCACCGCUGGUGCUGGUGUUGAAGUGAGGGUCUGAGGUGGGCAGCACAGGGCCAGAAGACAGCACCCGACUCUGUGUGUGUGUGUGUCCUGACGUCCACCGCUGGUGCUUGUGCUGAAGUGAGGGUCUGAGACACUUGCUGUGCUCAGCACUCACUGUCCUUGCUCCUUGGUGCAUCCUUCCCUUCACCUGCUUGCUUGGUCCCUGAGUAGCGGUGAGGAAGACUUGCUGCCCCCUCGGCUGCAAGGCCGGGCAGCAGCCUGAGUGGCCAGGAGCAGCAGAGCAGACUGCCACUGGUGUGAGGAUCAGGGGCGAUCAGAAGAACCACCACCACCACCACCCUGCUGCUGCUGCCUUCUCCAGCCAUAAGGAAAGGGAAAGUUUGAGUGGAAGGACUGUGAGGCAGUUUGGGACUGAGAGCAAGUUCAUCAGACACAGCCUUGCACACACUGCUGAGGGAAAGCAUGAGUGCCAGGAGUGUGAGGAAAGACUCCCUGGGAAGGGUGACCUCAACAAAAGCACCCACGCACUCGGGUGAAAGAAAUCAUGAAUCUCAAGGUUGUAGGAAAAGAUUGGGUGGGAAGGAUCACCUCAACACACACACCCUUACACACACUGGAGGAAAAAAACAUGGAUGUGAAGUUUGUGGGAAAAGUUUCCAUCUGAAGGGUAACCUCCAGACACACACUCUUACACACACUGGUGAAAGAAAACAUAAAUGUGAAGUUUGUGGGAAAAAGUUCAGUUUGAAGUGUAACCUCCAGACACACACUCUUAUGCACACUGGUGAAAGAAAACAUAAAUGUGAAGUUUGUGGGAAAAAGUUCAGUUUGAAGUGUAACCUCCAGACACACACUCUUACACACACUGGUGAAAGAAAACAUAAAUGUGAAGUUUGUGGGAAAAGAUUCAAUCAGAAGGGUAGCCUCCAGACACACAUCCUUACACACACUGGUGAAAGAAAACAUAAAUGUGAAGUUUGUGGGAAAAGAUUCACUCAGAAGGGUAGCCUCCAGACACACACCCUUACACACACUGGUGAAAGGAACCAUAAAUGUGAAGUUUGUGGGAAAAGAUUUAAUCGGAAGGAUAACCUCCAGACACACACCCUUACACACACUGGUGAAAGGAACCAUAAAUGUGAAGUUUGUGGGAAAAGCUUCACUCAGAAGGGUGACCUCAAGAAACACACCCUUACACACACUGGUGAAAGGAACCAUAAAUGUGAAGUUUGUGGGAAAAGAUUCACUCAGAAGGGUGACCUCAAGAAACACACCCUUACACACACUGGUGAAAGGAACCAUAAAUGUGAAGUUUGUGGGAAAAGAUUUAAUCGGAAGGAUAGCCUCCAGACACACACCCUUACACACACUGGUGAAAGGAACCAUAAAUGUGAAGUUUGUGGGAAAAGAUUUAAUCGGAAGGGUAACCUCCAGACACACACCCUUACACACACUGGUGAAAAAAACCAUGAGUGUGAAGUUUGUGGGAAAAGAUUCCUUGUGAAGUCAUGGCUGAAGAGACAUGGCAUAAGACACUGGCCACAAAGGGUUCCAGUGUGAUGCUUGUGGCAAGCAAUUUAUGACAAGAGGUGAGAUUGCGAGACACGUGAAGAUUCACCUCUGAGGUGUUGUGUUGUGCUGCUGUGUGUGGGAGAGAGCAGGUGCUGGAUGGGGCCUUGUCUUGCAUGGAGAACAGAACACAUGGCCCAGAUAGGGAAUCAAAGGCAGGUUGCAGAGUGUCUGCAAUUUUGAAAAUUUAAGAAGAAAGUGUGUGUGUGUGUGUGUGUGUGUGUGUGUGUGUGUGUGUGUGUGUGUGUGUUUACCUAGUUGUAAUUUUACAAGGCCUGGGCUUACGCUCGUGUGGUCCCGUCUCCAUAUCUGUAUUUGUCCAGCUUUUCCUUAAAGUUGUGCACACUCUUUGCUGAUACUACAUCCUCACUUAGUCUGUUCCAAACCUCUAUGUUUCUUUGCAGGAAGCUAUAUUUUUUUACGUCUCAAUCAUCUUCCUUUUCUCAAUUUAUUACUGUGUCCUCGUGUGUUGCUGGUGUUUCUUCCUUCUCUUUGUAGCAACUCCACAUUAUCUGCUUCUUCCAUUUUAUUCCACAAUUUGUAAAUUAGUAUUAGGUCUCCCCUUUCUCUUCUUUGUUCCAGUGUUGGCAGGUCCAUUUCCUUUAACCUUUCUUCAUAUGACAAUCCCUCCAGUUCUGGAACCAUCUUUGUUGCCAUCCUUUGUAUUCUUUCUAGUUUUUUCUCGUGUUUCUUCUCAUGCGGAGACCACACAGUUUCUGCAUAUUCCAGCUUUGGUCUAAUCAUAGUGGUAAUCAUCUUUUUCAUCAUAUCUUUAUCCAUGUAGUGGAAUGCUAUUCCUAUAUAUCUCACCAUUCUAUACAUAUCUCAGAAUAUCAUAUUUACAUGACUCUGUGACUUGAUUAUUUUGUAUUAUCACUCCCAGAUCUCUCUUCUUGAACUUUUAAUAUUUCUCCAUCUCCCAUUCUACAUGUCCAUUUUGGUCUCCCUUCACUCUUUCCCAUUUCCAUUACAUGACAUUUCUUCACAUUGAACUUCGUCUCCCAUUUCUUACUCCAUUCCCAAAUCUUAUUCAGGUCCUCUUGCAGAAUUUCAGUCUUUACUAUUUCUUAUGUGUCUCAGCAGUUUUGCAUCGUCUGCAAACAAGGUCAUGUAACUCUUUACUUUCUUCGGCAUGUCAUUUAUAUAUACUAGGAAAAGUAUUGGUGACAGUACUGAUCCUUGAGGCACCCCACUAUCUACAUUUCUCCAUUCUGAUUUCAUGUCCUUUACCACUGUUCUCAUUUCUCUUCCCUUUAAGUAACUUUACAACCAGUUUUUCAUCCCUUUCAAUCCUCCUCUAUUUUCCAGCUUCCAUAAUAGUCUUGCAUGUGGAUUUUUGUUGAAAACCUUCUUCAAGUCCAAAUACAUGCAACCUACCCACCCGUCCCUCUCCUGUGUUAUGUCCGUCACUCUCGAGUAAAAGCUCAAUAAGUUUGUUACACAUGAACGCCCUUGUCUAAAGCCAUACUGUUUUUUCUGUAAUUAUAUUGUGUUUUACAUUUUUUUUUUUUCGUGUGUGUGUGUGUGUGUGUGUGUGUGUGUGUGUGUGUGUGUGUGUGUGUGUGUGUGUGUGUGUGUGUGUGUGUGUGUUACUUGUACCCACACCAGGGGCUGGUGGCCUGGUUUGCCUGACACCCUUCAUGCUGGGUGUGGAGCUCUUCCCCAGGCACUGUUGGCAAAGUGUUCUGGGUCUGGGUGUGCCUGGCAAGGGCCAUUACUUGAAACUUUGACUGGGGCCAGAGCUGUUGUGAGUGUCUGUUAAGCUGGAAACUCCCUCCUUUGUGUGAAUCAUAAGCCACAGAAAUGUUACCAGUGUAUUUACCUAGUUGUAUUUACCUAGUCGUAAUUUUCCAGGGCCUGGGCUUACGCUCGUGUGGUCCCGUCUCCGUUUCUAUAAUUAUCCAACUUUUCCUUGAAACUUUGCACACUCUUCGCCGAUACUAUUUCUUCACUUAAUCUGUUCCAAACCUCUUUAUUUCUUUGUGGGAAGCUAUAUUUCUUUAUGUCUCUUGAGCAUCUUCCUUUCCUCAACUUUUUACUAUGUCCUCCAGUAUUCCUGCUGGAAGGUUCUUCUCUUAGCAAUUUCUCGUUAUCUACUUCUUCCAUGUUACUCAAUAGCCUAUAUAUUUGUAUUAGGUCUCCUCUUUCUCUUCUUUGUUCUAGUGUUGGUAAGUCCAUUUCCUUUAGUCUCUCUUCAUAUGUCAGUCCCUCCAGUUCUGGAACCAUUUUUGUUGCCAUCCUCUGUAUUCUUUCUAGUUUUUUAUGUGUUUCUUCAUAUGUGGAGACCACACUGUUUCCGCGUAUUCUAGUUUAGGUCUGAUCAUAGUAGUUAUUAAUUUUUCAUCAUUUCUUUGUCCAUGUAGUGGAAUGCUAUGCCUAUAUUUCUCACCAUGUUAUAUGUAUCACCAAAGAUCCGAUUUAUAUGACUUCCUGGUUGCAUAUAAUCUUGCAUUAUUACUCCCAGGUCUCUCUUUUCAUUUACUUUCUUUAAUAUUUCACGAUCUUCCAUUUUAUAUGUCCAUUUUGGUCUUUCUACACUUUUUCCCAUUUCCAUAACAUGACAUUUCUUCACGUUGAAUUUCAUCUCCCAUUUCUGACUCCAUUUCCAAAUCUUGUUUAGGUCUUCUUGCAGCUCCUUGCAGUCUUCACUGUUUCUUAUAUGUCUUUGCAGUUUAGCAUCAUCUGCGAACAGGCUCAUGUAGCUGUUUAUUCCCUCUGGCAUAUCAUUAAUAUAGACUAGGAAGAGUACUGGUGCUAAAACCGACCCCUGGGGCACUCCGCUUUCCACCGUUCUCCAUUCCAAUCUAGUGUCCUUAACCACGGUUCUCAUCUCUCUUCCUCUUAAGUAGCUUUCCAUCCAGCACUCCAUUUUCCCUCUCAAUCCUCCUUUAUUUUCUAGCUUCCACAGCAGUCUUGAAUGUGGAACUUUGUCAAAUGCCUUCAUUAAGUCUAGGUAAAUGCAAUCCACCCAUCCGUCUUUCCUGUAAUUUGUCCGUCACUCUUGAGUAAAAGCUCAGCAAGUUUGUCACACAUGAGCGGCCUUUCCUAAACCCAUAUUGAUUGUUUGUGAUUAGAUUAUGUUCUUCUUGAAAUCUCAUCCAUUGUUCUUUUAUUACUUUCUCACAUAUUUUGCAUACUACACUGGUCAGAGACACCGGUCUGUAAUUUAGGGGUUCUUCCUUUUCUCCACUUUUGUAUAUAGGUACCACUUCUGCCCUCUUCCACUCCCUAGGCACUGUGCCCGUUUUAAUUGAGCACCUAAUGAUGUCAUAUAUCGGGCCAACUAGCUCAUUUCUGCACUCUUUAAGUAUGAAACCUGAAACUCCAUCCGGUCCCACGGCCUUCCCUUCUUCCUAUUCCCCCAAUAGUUUUUUUAUCUCCUCUUUAUCUAUUUUGACCUCUUCCAUAUAUACAUCUAAGUUGUUUUCUUGUGGUUCAUUAAAUAAUGAUUCUUUGGUAAACACUUGCUGGAAUUUUUUGUAAAAUAAUUCCGCCAUGCCUUUGGGAUCUUCGAUCUCUACAUUCUCUUCCGUCAGUCUUUCAAUUGUUUCUCUUGAUUUAAUUUUUCCAUUUAUAAAUCUAUAAAAUAGUUUAGGUUGUUCUUUACACUUUUCCACAAUAUCCUUUUCGUAUCGUUUCUUCUUCCUUUCUCACUUUCACGUACUCAUUUCUCGCUGCCUUAAAGUCUUCUCUGUUUCUUUGAUUUUUGUUUCUUUUUAAUCUUGACCACGCUUUGUCUCUCUUUUCUUUUGCCUUUGCACAUCUUGCAUUAAACCAGUCCUUUUUAGCCCUCUCCCUUGGUCUGUAUUUUGGUACGAACUUCAUAACACCUGUGUUGUACGCCCUCAUGAAAAUAUCAUAUUUUCCUUGAACUUCGCUUGUACUCAUUAACUCUUUCCAAUCCAUUUCACCAAAAAACUUCUUGAGGUUUUCCACCCCUGCUUUCCUAUAGUUUAAUCUAUCGCUUCUAUAAGUCUCGUCUUGUUCCCUUCCUCCCUCCUCCAUUUCCAUCUCUAUGAGCACGUGAUCACUUUUUCCCAGGGGGCAAUCAUACCUCAAUUCAUCCUUCACGUGAAUUUCUCUUGUCAACACCAAAUCCAGUCUUGCUGGUUCAUCAUCUCUUCUAUAUCUAGUGCUUUCCUUUGUAUCAUCAAAUUUUCCAUCAUUAAAUUCAAGAAUCUAUUCCCCCAUGCCACAUCACUACCAUUGCUCUCAAACCUCUCCCAGUCAACCUCUUUGCAAUUGAAAUCGCCAACUAGUAUUACUCCUUUGUUUGCCUUAAGUAAUCUCCUCAAACUCUGUAUGGUGUCAUCAGUCAUGUUUUCAUAAUCUUCUUUACUCCAUGAUGUAGUUUUUGGUGGUACAUAUGUUACUGCAAUCGUCAUCCUUUCUCUGUUCUUGUUUUCCAAGCUUACACUCACUAUCUCUGCUUUUCCCUCUCCAUAUUCUAUUGAUUUUACUAAUAACUCUUUCUUUAUCAUUAUCACCACUCCUCCUCUGCCUUUGCCCAUUCUAUCCUUCCUCCACACAUUGUAUCUUCCAUCUAACUCAAUUUGGAUGUUUUCUUUUAGUUUAGUUUCAGUUAGGCAAACUAUCAUGGGAUCCCUCUCUCUUAGAUAAUCUUGCAGCUCUAUUUUACUAGAGAUCAACCCAUCUACGUUUGUGUACAUUAUUCUUAUUCCCCUCUCUGUAUCUUUCUUAUCUAGUUUUCGCUCCCCUUUCUCUUCUCCCUUAUGAACCAUUUCUUGAUUUGAUCCCCCGAAAUUCUCCAAAAAAAUGCUUCUUUUUCUUCCUCAGAUCUUGCGUUAUUUUUUACUUUUGUCUCUGCCAGUAAUUCAUUCUAUUUCAUCCUUUCUUCUUCAUUUCUAUUUUUCUUUAUAUAUAUAUCCUUACAUCCUUCCGUUUUUUUUAGUUUAGUUGUUCUAGAUAGUAUGUCUUCGGCUGCCAUUUGUGAUUUUAGUUUUAACUUAACUGGUCUAGUUUUCCCUUCAAUAAAUGGACCCAUUCUAUAAAUCUCGUCUACUUCCUCCUCGAUACUCUGCCUUUCUGCAUCAUUUAGGUUCUUGAGCAGGUCUUUGACUGAUUUCAGUUCCUCUUUAUCCCUUUUUGGUUUAUAUGUUAUAUUCUUUUCUUUCAUCCCUAAAAUAAUAACACUUCUUUUUUUGUCUGCUACUUCUCUCACUAAUUCUUCAUUUUUCUUUAAGGCCUUGACAACCUCUUUCUCCACGUCUUCUUUAUCCUCUUUCAUUUGCUGUUCUAUUACUUCUCUUAGGCUUACAUUUGCUUUUUCAUUCUCCACUCUCCACGUCUUCACCUCUUCUCUAACUCUUUGUUCUUCUUUGUUUACCAGUUCCUUCAGGUUUUCAUUUUCCUUUCUUACCACUCCCAAACCUUCCUUCAUUGAUCUUUCGUACUUUGCUGCUUUUUCCUUUAGCUCCUCAUUUUCCUUAAUCAAUUUCUUCUCAUUUUCCUCUAGUCGUUUUAUCCUAUUUCUCAGGUCGCUGUGGAAUACUCUAUUCUGCUCUUCUUCCUCAUCCCUUCUCUUUACCAUGCUGAUCCAUUUAUCCAGUUUUCUUUCCAUCAGCAGCACUCUCUUGUAUAAUGUCGUCUCAUUUCUCGCAAAACCAGAGAACUCAGCUGAAGUGCCUCCAGCCUUGUACUCACUUUCCUCCCCGCUGUUGUUGUCUCCUCCUCCUGCUCUUCCUCUUCUGCUUCUUGGCGUGAUCCAUCCCUGAUCUACCUCCUUCUCACUCAUCGCACUAAACUGCACCAGUGGAGACCCACCGAACCAACAUUAGCGCAGCCCAGGCCUCUGCAACACUACACCAGGUAUAUUUCCUCCUGUGUGUGUGUGUGUGUGUGUGAAUAUAUACAGAGAUCAGCACACCCUUUGCCCACACCACCUCAGCCCUCUUCGGCACGCUCCACAAGUCCUGCACCCACACAUUCCCGUCACCUCCUCGUUUGAUGCCAGCCUCACAGUAUCAUCUGCAAACAGACCUGCUGCUUGUUUGCCAAUGAAUGCAACUAGUACAACUGGCAGAUGUGACCCAUCCAUGAGUAAGGAUUGUGGGUGUACAAAAUUAAGUAUAGUUCUGUGUUUCCAGCUCAAUAUUUCUCCUGCAUCACUCUGGUAAUGAAUUUGGCAUCAGUAACUCCUCAGUACAAAAAUAAAGUAAAUGUCCCUCUU